AGUGUAUUCAAGGACUUUCAGAAUACACUUGCAGCUCUCUGUUGUUUAGUUGCUGAAAAGGCAAGUUCUCAAAUGUACCAAAAGAAAUGGCCUUGGCCCAGAAGCAAAACAUGCUUUCCUAAAGUUAGAAAAGAGGCUUAGACUGCCAUGUUAAAAAUGCUAAUAUCACUUUUUUAAAAUGCUAAUAAUGAAGCCUAAAAUUCCAGGUAACAGUAGAAUGUUAUCUAGGAUCAAUGUUUUCAAUUGUUUAAUUCUAACAUCUAAUUAAAGUCUUCUAUUGUUUGAUUUGUUGCUUUCUGAUGCAUCACAUAUACCAAAUGUACGUAUCAUUUGUUUCUGUACCCUAUAAAGAGACUUGACUCCCCUUAAUAAAUGCUUUUUCCUUUGCCUGAAGUACUCAUGAUUUGUGCUGUCAUUCAUGCUAUCCAGAGGGGCAAAAAAGCCACUUUGCAAAAUAAGUCUGUCUCCUAAAUUCAGGGAUUAAGUUUUUAUCAGCCCCACAGUGGCUGAAUUUUAAAGGCAACACAACUGUAUUCUCAAAUGAACUUAAUUCUCAAGGUGGGCAGUGAAAGUUGUUCCUGUUAUAGCUGCUCACAUGGAACCAAAAUCUGAUCUUUUCACAUAUGCUUAAAUGUAUACUUGCAUUGCUGCUUCCUGUAUUAUGAUUCCUUCACUGCAGCCUUUCCCAAGACCAGCAUCCUCAGGACAUGGAAAACUACAAUGACCUUUAUCCUCAGCCAAUGCCAUCAGAGGUUCCGCUCAGGAAAAUCAUCAGGCAGAACCUCUGAAGGUGCCUACUUCUGCCUGAUUCACUAUCAUGACGGUGUUGCCUGGAAUUUUAGGCUUCGUUAUUAGCAUUUUAAAGGAUAUUAUUGAUCUUACUAAAGAAGAUAUGGCUGUGAGAACAACAGCAUGCAGUGACUUGGAGAUAAUUGAUCUUACCGAGCCUGAAGAGGACAUGGUCAGCUCUCUCCAGAACUGUAGCUACUUUGCCUGGGGCCUGAAGUCCUCAACUCCAGUCUCUCCUCCUAAUUUUCUCACUGCUAUUGAUGCUGAGAGCAAAUGUACUGUGCCAGUGGGCAUGUGGGUUCAGGACUGUAAGCAAUCUUCCCCUAAAGUGGAUGUAGUGAAAUCGGAGUACCUUCCAAGUAACAGCUUCUCUUGCCACUCCAACUACAGUGAGGAAUCUGAAGGCAGCAGUCACACCACUUACAACAGUGAUUUGGGCUCUUUGGGAAGCCCUCAGCUGGAAUCUGAUGUUUUUUCUUUCUCAUCAGGCAGUGAUAGCACUGAACACCCAACGUUCUUGGACUGUGUAGAAGCUCCUCAGGUUUGCCCAUCUGAAGAAAACCCUAGCUUGCGGGUCUAUCCCCUGCAUCAGAGAUUAUCCCCAGGCCUCUGCUGCUCUUCUUUGAAUACUUCCAAAUCUGUAGCUGAAGCUGAUCAGCCUUCGCUCCAGGCAAAAAGACCAUGGAGUACCAUGGAAUCCAAUGUUCAGGAACAAUCCAAGCAGACUGAUAUCAAGGUCUGGUUGAAAACACUACCAUAUUGCCAUAGGAUGCCUGUGCAUCACCCCUUUCUUCAAAAUGUGGUAUUGGAAAAGGAGUCAAGAAAGGAUAAAAGACUAAAAGCCCAACCUAUUCCAUUCCGAAGAUUAAACAUGGUGUCCAGCACAAUUGAAGAGAAUUUUUUCCAGGGAACCUUGGAUUUCCUUAUGGAUUAUGUAUCCUGUCAAUACUACCCACCAAAAGAGGUCACAACCUGUGUGGUCAGGCAGAUUCUGCUGAGCCCAGAGCAUCAAGAGGGGCAACAGGAGAUACAGAAGGAUGCUUACAUGUUGUUGAUGAAAAUCCAGGCACUUCAUCCAGCAACAGCUGAUACAGUGGUGUGGGACUGGCAACUGCUAAAUGAGGUCAUGGAAGUGCAGGAAGAGAUGAUUCCUGGCCGACUCCUGUUCUUGCAGUAUGUGAUACAGACCUUAGAAGAUGACUUCCAAAGGAUGAUCAGGACUGAUGUUCUGCACAGAUCCAUUGCCAAGGCAGUGCUUUCCUGUGACAAGUGCUUCGGAAAUGUCAAGGAAGUGAUUGAAUGGCUAAUAGCUGUUGUCACUGGGGCCAGAAAUUCCCAGCACAGAAAAUACAUACAGGAAGCCAGAAGUCUAUUGACAGACAAAUCCAGAGCUCAGAGCUGCAACUCCUCUCCAGAACUGCCCUUAAAUAAGACAGAACAGAAAGAGGAUGCCUCCAUACAAUUUCAGAUUCAAAAGGAAGCGGCACUUCUGCAGAGGAUGCUUUCUAUAGCAGUUGAAGUGGACAAGUCUCCAAAUUGCAGUGCCAAUAAAAUUGCAGGUGUGGUGUUUGAUUUCCUGUGGAAAAUUCCCAAGCAUUGCCAAAGGGACAUCUUCCUGAGCACAAUGGAGUCCCACCUUCUACGAUGCAAAGUGUUGGAGCUCAUUUUCGAACAUAGCUGCCCAAUACAAACCAAACAGCCUUUGUCUUUGGCAAAAAUAUUGCAUUUUCUGAACCACUUUUCUCUGGGGCUACCAUAUCAGGACAAUGAAGCAACAUGGCAGAGAUGGGAUGAGAUGCUUAAUCAACUGAACUUCUUGUUGCUGAGUUACCGUACUAUAGUUCUAGGGCACUUAAGAAGCUCAGUUUGUGAACGUAUUAAUUUAAUUAACAGAGCUGCUAAACCCAAACUACAGUUACAUGAUUAUAUUGAAAAAAGGGAUAUAAAGCACAGCAUUAAGAGCUUCCGCAAAAAACUCUGCCAAAUUCUGGGACUGCCAAUUCCCUCAUCCAUCAAAGAAAAGACUGAACUACUUCAAGUAUUGCUUUUCACUGCUAUGGAUAUCUAACUAGAAGGGCUAUUGGAUGGCUGAAAGAUGGACUUCUUCCAAGUGGAAAGUAAGUGUAAUAAGUUAUUUUUAAAAAAUUAAAGAUUAAGCCCUCUUUCUUUGUAUUUCAGUAAAAUGCACUGUAUUCCCAGUCACUGGAUAGCUCAAGGACUUGUCAAGUUUAUUCUAAAUUUUUGUUAACAUACAGGUUUGUCUGUCUAGUUUUAUUGCCAUUCAAGUUUUGUACACCUUUUAUAAUAAAUUAUUUUAUUAGCUGAAAAGCAGAAUGAACUUUGUCUUUUUUUAAGAUGGCAGGUUACUGGAGAUUAGAUAGAUGUACAGGACUAUAUUUAUACAGAUGUCAGUUCACUGAGAAUAGGACAUGCUCCCAGAUAAAUCUUAGUAACAGAUAAUACAUGCAAGGCUGAGAUCUUGCUAUAAUAAGUACCAUAUUUUUCAGUCUAUAAGACAAUACUUUUUUCUAAAAUCAUUACACUAAAAAUUGAAGGGUGUCUUAUGCAAGGACAUAAGCC